AGUAGCUGCUGCAGCACAUUUAACACGGAAAGAGCAUACAAAAGGCAUAUGGUCACGGAACACAACCAUACUAAGACCCAUAUCUGCAUUUUUUGUGAGAAGGGUUUCCAGGACAAGUUCGACCUGAAAAGGCACUGCCGCAUUCAUACAGGUGUAAGGCCUUACAAGUGCAACAUCUGCCCACGCUCCUUCACCCAACGCGUCUCUCUGGAGACCCACAUCAGCAAGGUCCAUGGGAUGCCACUGACCUACGGCUUCAAGGAGCGACGAAAGAAGAUUUACGUGUGCGAGGACUGUGGGAAUUCUGCCAAGGAGGCGUAUGACCAUUACCUUCACAUGUGGAUCUCACACUCGCGCCUGGCGAUGCCCAAACGUCUUCGACAUAAAGUGAAGCACAGGAUCAAGAAGAUCAGUCAAUAUGGUGAUGUUAAAAGCGAGGAACAACUUUUGGCAGACGAUGUGGCUGUCACCCAGGCAAUUCGUUGUCUUCGAGAUAUCAUACAGUCUCAAGGCUAG